GGGGGUGGGCGGGGGUGGAAUUGGCCUCCGCACCACGAAAGAUCCAUCCCGGAAGUAGUUGUUGGUCGUCUCCAUGCGCCGGUUCCUGGGCGCCGUAGAGUCAAGGCGCGAGGCUCGGACAGGGAGGUAGAGCUGGAAGGGACGCUAAGCGUCCUCCGCUCUGCACGCGAGCCGCUGCGCCCGCGGGGCUGGCCCCGGCGCCACCAUGCUGCUCCUGCCGAGCGCUGCGGACGGCCAGGGCACCGCCAUCAGCCACGCUCUGACCUCUGCCUCAAAACUCUGUCAAGUUGAACCUGUGGGAAGAUGGUUUGAAGCUUUUGUUAAGAGGAGAAACAGAAAUGCUUCCUCCUCUUUUCAGGAACUGGAAGAUAAGAAGAAAGAAUUAUCAGAGGAAUCAGAAGAUGAAGAAUUGCAGCUAGAAGAGUUUCCCAUGCUGAAAACACUUGAUCCCAAAGACUGGAAGAACCAAGAUCAUUAUGCAGUACUUGGACUUGGCCAUGUAAGAUACAAAGCUACACAGAGACAAAUCAAAGCAGCUCAUAAAGCAAUGGUUUUAAAACAUCACCCAGACAAACGGAAAGCAGCUGGUGAACCAAUAAAAGAAGGAGAUAAUGACUACUUCACAUGCAUAACUAAAGCCAUGGCACCCAGGCGCUCCUGCCUGCUGGCCUCUCCACCCGCCCCUUCCAGGAGGAACUCCGUGGGCAGUCCUGAGCAACUGACAGGCACCAGACCAGUUAUGCAACAGAGAAGAAGAGAGAACAGUUUCUCUCCGCCCCUUUCCCUGGAGGCUCUGGGAAGCAGCAAUAUAUGUGAAAGAACUAAGGCCAGGCAGGAGAUUCUGGAAAUUUACCUCACGGGCCCCACCCCAGACCCACUGAAACUGCAUUUUAAGGAGACCUGCAGAUUUGUUAAAAGAUUGAAUUAUUUAAGUAAGAUGAUAGAGCACUUAGAAAUUCGAAAUUUCUUUUUCAAAUUAUUUUAUUCUCCAUUAUUAAAGCAAAGACAAGCUGAAUUAGAAGCAGCUCGGUUAGUUAAAGAGAAAGAAGAAGAGGAAGUUAGACAACAAGCAUUACUGGCAAAGAAGGAAAAAGAUAUCCAGAAAAAAGCCAUUAAAAAGGAAAGGCAAAAACUUCGAAACUCAUGCAAGAGCUGGAAUCACUUUUCUGACAAUGAGGCAGAACGGGUUAAAAUGAUGGAAGAAGUGGAAAAACUUUGUGAUCGGCUUGAACUAGCAAGCUUACAGUGCUUGAAUGAAACACUCACAUCAUCUACAAAAGAAGUAGGAAAGGCUGCUCUGGAAAAACAGAUAGAAGAAAUAAAUGAGCAGAUGAGAAAGGAGAAAGAGGAAGCCGAGGCACGGAUGCGACAAGCAUCUAAGAAUGCAGAGAAGUCAAGUGGCGGAGGUGGAAAUGGCAGUAAAAAUUGGUCAGAAGAUGAUCUGCAAUUACUGAUUAAAGCUGUGAACCUCUUCCCUGCUGGAACAAAUUCAAGAUGGGAAGUUAUUGCUAAUUACAUGAACAUACAUUCUUCUUCUGGAGUCAAGAGAACCGCCAAAGAUGUUAUUGGCAAAGCAAAGAGUCUUCAAAAACUUGACCCUCAUCAAAAAGAUGACAUCAACAAGAAGGCAUUUGAUAAAUUUAAGAAAGAACAUGGAGUGGUGCAUCAAGCAGACAAUGCGCCGCCUUCAGAACGGUUUGAAGGUCCAUGCACAGAUUUCACCCCUUGGACAACAGAAGAACAGAAGCUUUUGGAACAAGCUUUGAAAACAUACCCAGUAAACACGCCUGAAAGAUGGGAAAAGAUAGCAGAAGCAGUGCCUGGCAGGACAAAGAAGAACUGCAUGAAACGAUACAAGGAACUUGUUGAGAUGGUUAAAGCAAAGAAAGCUGCUCAAGAGCAAGUGCUGAAUGCAAGUAGAGCCAAGAAAUGACUUAUGACAAUCUUUGUUGUGUGUGCAUUUUUAUAAUAAAACUGAAAAUACUGUACAAAUUUUCAUUCUUAAAAUUAUAA